AUGGCAUCGACAUCUUCGCCCGUCGACCUCUCGAACCCAGGCCGCCGUCUGCGCGUCGGCGUCAUCCUCGUCAACUCCAAGACGGAAAUCCUUGAUGUUGCGCCCGUGGACAUCUUCUCGGGCAUCUCCAAGGCUUUCCUCCCCAACCUCCCAGGAUUCAUGAUGAGCGACAAGAUGCGCGACGAGGCCCUGGACGUCGAGUUCUUCUGGGUCAACGAAAGCGGCGACCACGCCGAACUCACGGGUGGAAUGAGUGUGAAACCUACACACACAUUCGAAACCUGUCCCCCACUGGACAUCGCACUGAUGGGCGCACACGACGCGGGCUACAUGCUCUCACCCGGCGAAAUCGCAUUUAUCCGUAAGACGCACGACGACUGCGCCGCCUUCAUCGCCAUCUGCGGCGGGUUUCUGUGUGUGCUACAAGCGGGCCUCUUGGCCGGGAAAACGGCGACGGCGCCGAGACCUUUCGUCGCCCAUCUGCGAAACAGCAACCCUGAAGUGAACUGGGUCGAGAAGCGCUAUGUCCGUGACGGGAAGAUCUGGACCAGUGGGGCGUUGCUCAAUGGCGUGGAUUUGGUGGCGGCUUUUGCAGAGGAAUUUUGGGGCGGUGGAGUGGGCAAGGGGAAGGAGAAGGCUGAGCCGAAUGAUCUUGUCGAGUUUUCGCUCAGGCUGGGCGCCUAUCCCAGACGUGACGUCGAGUAUAGGGAUGUGCCGUGGGUGAUUUGA